AUGUCGCGUGUCGGGGACGCGCCCAGCAUCGCCGUCGCCUCCCGCGACGGAGCAGGAGGGGAUGGCGUGGAGGAGGAGGUCGCAGUUGGGGGCGGACGCGGCGUCGAGGGUGGGGAAGGGGAGGCGGAGGAAGAGGAGGCGGGAGCGGAGCUCGUCGAUCUCCCGCUUGAGCUCCUCCUCCGUCUCGCUGGCCUCAUCGUAGCACUCCUUGAAGGUCCCGGCGUCCUCCUCGUCGUACCCUUCCUUGCACGAAUGGCACCACAUCUUCGGAGCUCCUCCAAACGCCGGCCGACCUCGCCGCCGCGCUACCAGGGCUCUCUUUUCCGAGCGGCGGUGGCGACGCGGACGGGUGGUGGCUUCGAGGGCUGGGAAUGGGAGUGGGAGGGGAUCACGUGGGCUUGUCUGACGGCUCUUAGCGAGUUCGUAUGUGGGCCUAAACUCACUGUUCCCAUGGUAGCCCGGCCCACUGACGAACAUCGUUUCUCACAUUUCCAUGAGAAAUUUGUAAAUAUCGCUCAAAAAAAUGAGAAAUUUGUAAAUUGA